AGAUGCUUUUAAAUAAAGUUUUUGUUUUUGUUUUUUAAAGAAGAAGAACAAACGGCGACGAGAGAAAGCAACUUCUCAUAUGAAUAAGUGAAUAUGCCCCCAAUCCCCACACACACACACACACACACAGACAGAGAGAGAGAGAGAGAGAGAGAAUCAUGUGUGAUGUAGGCGUGACUGGAGCCACAGGUUCAGUAUAAAGUGAGCGUGAACUCUGGGAUGAGAAACAGUACUGUUCCAGUGUUUUCUUUUGUUCGUUCUUUCCUGGAAGUGAGACAUCAUGAGAGUGGAAGGUGCGGAAUAAAACUGCAGAGGCACUCAGGAUUUUUACCAAGAAAAAAAAAAUCAAGGACUAGCUGUGAUGAUGGAGAAAGCUGCACUGCUGCUUUGCUGCCUGAUCAUGACUUUGUCAGGCUCCCCACUCUACCCAUCCAUUAGGUUCGGCCAGAGGGAUACAUCUAUCCUGAUGACAUCUUCACUAAAGAAUCCAGCAGAGCAGCAGGAGGAAGACGCACGUCCUCCCAGGGAGCCAGCAGAGUUGCGCUUAGGGCGCCACGCUGAUGCCAUCUUUACAAACAGCUACAGGAAAGUCCUGGGCCAAAUCUCUGCCAGAAAGUUCCUUCAGACAAUCAUGGGCAAACGGCUGGGGGAUGGAAGUGAGAGCUACAUGAAACGUCAGUCAGAUAUCUAUGAGGGGACAUACAAGGAAGACCUCACAGCCAUCCAGAGAAAUCAGAGAUACAGGGGGGUGCACGGGAAUGUCCUGAGACACAGACUGCUGAGUUGAGGAGGAAAGCUUUAUCAUCACAUUUUUUUAACCAUCUUUUAUUUGUUUGAGGGUGUCCUUUAAAGAAAAGAAAUCGUCUUAUAUAUUCACAUUAAAAGUUGUGAGGAA